CUUCUUUAUUUUCUUUCUUGUACUUCUAAUUUUAAAACUUCUAUUACACACCUCAUGUUUUUUUGUUUUACUUUUGGCGUAGAAAGGUUCAAACGAAAAUCAAGUGGCCACGUAUGGACUUGUCCCAAUUGUUCAGCAAGAGAUGUUUAUUUGGUCAAGAACAAUGAUUGUUUUACGUUCUGUUUUAUUCCCAUUAUACCUUGUGGUGGCACGAAACAAUACUAUGAAUGCUUCACCUGUGGUCGAGUCAAUGUUUAUCAACCUCCAUACUAAGAAUUCUAUGGAUUUCUUUUUUUUUUUUUUAGUUACGUUAUUAGUACCAACAAUAAUAUAUCUUUUUUAUCAUCCAAUAGUUAUUAUCUCUCUCACUCCUUCCUUGUGUCUACAUAUGUUUGUUGUCUUUUUAGCUCACACUUUUGUACUCAUAGCAUAUAGUCUCCUCCCUUUUUUUUAUCCUUCUUCCCAUCUAUUUUAUUCUUAUUAUCGUUAUUUAUUCAUCACAUCAAAUUAAUAAAAUCAAACUAUAGUAUAUAUCCAUGACUAUCAAUCAAUCAUCACUAUUACCAAAUAAUAGACAUUUUAGUGAUUGAUCCGCCU